AUGGUCGCUGAUUCAUCCGACAACAACCCGAAGGGCAACGGCAGUGCGGAGAAGAAGAAGGAGAGCACCGCGGGCCAGUUUCUCCAUAUUGAAGAGCAGGGGGAGCAAGGAGGCGCUUCUGCCAAGGUUGGAGCAGAGCUGCACCCCCUGGACCAGGGGAGUGCAGCGCCGUUGGAGGGGUUGGAAGUGUCGGCCAGAUCUGGGGAGACGGAUUGGGCAACGGCACACCGACGCUUGGGGCAUGUGGCAAUGCUUUUGCUGAAGCAGCUGGAGAAAGAUGGAGCCGUUAAGGGCUUGAAGCUGAACGGACAGCCACCUGAUGAGAACUGUGAAAUUUGCCUGCUUUCAAAGUUCACCCGUUUCCCUUUCCAUAGUGUGGCUGGCAGGAGCAAGAAGCCUUUGGAGCUGGUCCACAUGGACUUGGUGGGGCCGCUGCCGGUGCAAGGGCACAAGGGGAGCGCUGACGAUUGGCUGCCAUUCGUGGAGAAGCAGGCGGAGUGUGUAGUGAAGCGGAUUAGGACAGACCGGGGUGGUGAGUUCCUUGGAGCUGAGAUGACGGCCUGGCUCAAGAAGCAGUGCAUCCAGAAGGAUCUGACCACGUCGUACACUCCACAGUCCAACGUCGCCCACGUCCCUAAGGCCUACUGCAGUAAGUUGGGGGCGAGUGCAAUCUGGUGUGUGCAUUUGGGGCUGGCUGCUGAGAGCAAGGGAUGGCUACUGUGGGAACCAUCCAAGGGUGUGCUGUUUGACAGCAGGGAUGUGAAGUUUGUUGAGGGCAUGAUGUAUGGGAGCUGGGAGAAACAGCCGGAGGCCCGGGUGUCCCAGCAGAUGGAGCAGAUCACCAUGCAGCUGGACCUGACUCCUAGUGUGUGGGAGGAGGGAGAGGAGGCAGCUGCAGAGGGUGGUGAUGGAGAGAAGGUGCAAGAGGCACCUGCUGGUGGAGGAGAUGAUGUGGAGACUAGUGGUAGCACUGGGGAAGCUGCUAGAUAUAAGGGAGGAGAGCAGCAGCAGGGCAAAGCUAAGGUGCCUAAGCUACCACAAAGGAGGAAGCUGAAGGGUGUCAUUAUGAAGGGAUGGGAGACACCCGUCUCUAGGCCAGGACGUACCCGUAUGGCCACUAUGAAGCUGACUGCAUCAGCUGGUGUAGCAGAGCAGCAGCUUGGGAAUGAGGAGGCAUUGCUGAUUCUACCGCAUGGCUAUGAUCCGGAUGAGGAUAAAUCUGCCUACUGUUUUCUUGCCCCUACACCAGAGGAACCAGCUAGCAUGGAGGAGGCACUAGCUAGACCAAAUAGGAAAAGUGUGCUGAGGAUCAAGACCGAUGACAAGGGGCAGGUCACCAUCUACAAGAGUAGGCUGGUGGAUAAGGGGUUUAUCCAAAAGGAGAAGCAGGACUUCAAUGAGAUCUUUGCUCCCACUGCCAAACCUCCUACCCUCCGUGUCUUGUUGGCAGAUGCAGCUGUUAGUGGAAAAUUCAUCAUUCAGAUGGAUAUAUCAACGGCAUUCCUCAACGGGAUUUUAGAGGAGGAGGUGUUCAUGACGCAGCCGCCUGGGUAUAAGGAUGAGGAAAUGGGAUUCAGGUGCAGCAGCUGUGAUGAGAGCCUCUUUCUCAAGGGGGAGGGGGAGGAGCAGGUACUGUUUCUGGUCCACGUGGACGACAUUCUUCUUUUUGGCAGCAGCAUGAAGGAGAUCCAGAAAGUGCAGCAGCAGCUGAGGGAAAACUUCAAGUGCAAGACCCUCCGGAAGGUAAAGUACUACCUCGGGAUGCACGUGGAAAGGGAUCCAGAUGACAGGAGGUUGAAGCUGUACCAGGAGAAGUUCAUCAAGGAGCUGGGGGAAAAGUAUGGGAUUGAGAAUGAGCGCAAGGAUGCAGCUCCCCUGCCAGAAGAAUUCAAGCUUGUGAAGGCUGCAGAAGAUGAAGGGCUGGCAAGGGUGGUGCAGAAUCCAUCAGAGGAGCAGGUGGAUGCAGCUGAGCGUGUGGUGAAGUACCUAAACUCUCACCCAAGCAUUGGAGUUCAAUACUCCGCAUCUGCACAGGUGAAGCAAAAAGGGGUUGAGGUGCUGAAAGAGAAGGGGGAGCGACUUGGAGAAGGCAAGAAGUUUCUCACUUGCUUUACCAAUGCUACGAGGGCUUCUCAGAAGCAUGAUUCCUCAUCUGUGGGAGGAUACAUCUUCGUAGUUGGGGGAGAACCUAAUGGUUGGAGGCUGUUAGACGAGAUUCGCCAGGAGCAGAAAGUUGCUACGCCGUUGUUUUGUGAUAGCAAGGGGGCUCUUGGGAUGGCCAAGAACGCUGUGCUUCAUGGGCUGAACAAGCACUUGCGUCUCAAGUGA